CGGCUUCUUUAUUCUUUUUCAAUAAUAGCCUGUAAGAAGUUUCACAAGCGCUCGCGGAGGAAGUUUACCUGUGUCCCGAUUGGCUUUGUACUCUCAUUACAACAAAAGAUACUGGACGGUUGUUCCGCAGAACAUUUUGGGUUGCAUGCAUCCAUGCCAAGAAAUUGCAUUACGAGGGAGACUCCCGCCAAGGAGAAACAGUUUUAUCUCUGAAGGAUGGAGGUAGGAGCUAGACAAGGCCAGACAGCAGAGAAUGGACGCACUGACGCCAUGAUGAGAGAACCACGCUCCUCCCCUUGCUCCAGUCUAAAGAUGUUUCUGGUGGCUUUGUCUUUUGCCUAUUUUGCAAAGGCUCUGUCAGGAAGCUACAUGAAGAGCACAAUAACUCAGCUGGAGCGGCGGUUUGACAUCCCCAGUUACCUAAUAGGUGUCAUUGACGGGAGCUUCGAGAUAGGUAACCUGUUGGUUAUUGCUUUUGUCAGUUACUUUGGGGCGAAGCUCCAUCGACCAAAGAUCAUUGCCAUGGGCUGUGUGCUGAUGUCCAUUGGUACAUUCAUUAUUGCUUUGCCUCACUUCAUCAUUGGACGGUAUGAGUUUGAAACAUCAGUGCAUUGGGCUAUCAAUUCAACCAAGAACCUUGCUCCAUGUUCACUAGGCUCACCGGCCCUGUCCCAAGGCAGUGAGCCACCUGCAGUGCCAGGCAUUGGUUGUGAGGGAGAGUCCAACUUGUCCAUGUGGAUCUAUGUGCUUUUGGGGAAUGUCCUACGAGGCAUUGGAGAAACACCUGUUCAGCCUUUGGGGAUCUCUUAUAUUGAUGAUUUUGCUAGCGAGGAGAAUGCAGCGCUCUAUGUCAGUUGCGUGCAGACCAUAUCGGUCAUUGGCCCUGUGUUUGGCUACCUGUUGGGUUCCUUAUGUGCCAAAAUCUAUGUGGACAUUGGAUUUGUAAACAUGGCAACCAUUACCAUCACCCCGGCUGAUGCCCGCUGGGUAGGGGCUUGGUGGCUAGGCUACCUCAUAGCUGGGGUUAUCACCCUGUUUGCUGCCAUCCCAUUCUGGUUUUUACCUCGAUCUCUGCCCAUAUCAAAGCACCCGAGCCCGGUACAGUGCACACCAGAACGGACAAGUUUCCUCAAGGACUCCCCCCCUUUUGAACACAAGUAUUCGGCAGAGCCUACCAGCUUCCUAGAGAUGGCCAAAGACUUUAUUCCAACCCUGCGGACUCUGCUGGGAAACCCUGUGUACUUCAUCUACUUGUGUGUGACCAUCAUCCAGCUCAACUCCCUCAUUGGUAUGGUCACCUACAAGCCCAAGUACAUCGAGCAGCACUUUGGACAGUCUGCCUCAAAGGCCAACUUUUUGAUGGGUGUCAUUAAUAUCCCUGCCGUAGCAUUUGGGAUGUUUUCUGGUGGUCUGUUAAUGAAGAGGCUGAAACUCGGCAUCAUGGGAGCAGCCAGGUUUGCCUUUGGCACAUCUCUGAUCGGUUACUUCCUAUCGUUGUUCUUCUUUGCCAUGAGCUGUGAGAAUGCCAUGGUAGCUGGAGUGACACUGUCAUACAAUAGGAAAGAUGGGUUAUCCUCUCAUGAACACUCGGUGUUUGGAGCCUGCAACUCUGGCUGUGUUUGUUCAGGGAAUGACUGGGACCCAGUCUGUGGAGAAGACGGGAUCACAUAUGUGUCUCCAUGUCUGGCUGGCUGCACCAGCUCCUUUGGCUCUGGGAAAGACACUGUUUUCUCAAACUGUAGCUGUGUAGGUGUGGCUGGCAACCUUACGGCAAGUGCGGGUCAGUGCCAGCGCAGGGACGAUUGUGACAAAAUGUUUCCAUACUUCCUGGCCCUCUCUGUCAUCACCUCUUUCAUCAUCUCUCUGGGCGGCACACCAGGCUACAUGCUCCUCAUCAGGUGCAUUAAACCACAGUUGAAAUCACUGGCCUUGGGGUUUCAUGCUCUGGCAACACGCACCCUAGCAGGUAUUCCAGCACCCAUCUACUUUGGAGCGAUCAUUGACACCACAUGUCUGAAAUGGGGCCACAAGAGGUGUGGGGGAAUAGGGGCCUGUAGAAUCUACAACACGACUGCCUACAGGAUGGCGUACCUGGGCCUGACUCUGAGCCUGCGGACCGUCUCGUUUCUUAUCUGCAUUCCUGGCUUCAUUCUGCUAAGGAGACAACUGAAGAAGGAGGAGAGAAAUGCCAUUCACAGAGCUCUGGCCAAUGGCGGAACAGAAAUUGAGGCUCUCAGGAAAGAGGAGGUUGUGAUUUUUAACUCUGACAAAGAUCAACGAACAUCAGACAACAGCACAGAGAGGGAGACACGGCUGUGA